AGUGAACCAUGCGUCCACAUACGAGGGAAGGACGGUGCGACGAUCAUCAGUUUCGUCUGUGUCGUUGAUCUGCUUGUACUGGGAGCAAAGAAGAGUCGCAUCGAGUCGGCGAAACAACUUCGCUCGGAUUUCUCGCGCACCAACGAGCCGAUCGACUUCAACAUCAGCAUCGAUGCUUACUACUCAGCAGCAGACCGGACAUCCUUGCUAAGCCAAGCGGCUUACCCCUCUGGUGUGCUUGAGAAAAUACGGCAUCGUUGA